AAAAUUGUCCCCAUUUCUCAUCAACUUUUUUGAGCUUUCAACAACUAGCGAUAGCAUCACGACUGUCACGAGUGUGGCUGAUAUCUACGAACUUGACUUUCAGAUUUUUUUAUUCUUUUAAGAAAUGGACUCUUGAAUUGAGCUUGUUGCUUCUUUGUGCAAUCUGGGUAUUAAAGAAAAUGGCCAGUUUCGUUGGUUUAUCAGCUUCUCAAAGUCAAUUCUUGUAUCGCUUCUCUCUCCCUAUCUCUUCUCCUGCCUUCAUUUCAUCUUCAGUUCAUUUAAAAAAGCAAGCGCCGGUUCGGAGAUUGCUUGUGCUUCCUAUUAAGUGUUCAUCUUCAGGGCCGAGUCAAGAUACUGAGUCAGAAGCUGAAACGACGUCAGUUCCAUCUUCUUCUUCUUUUUCUAGUUCAUUGGCUUCGAGCAAUUCCACGUAUAAUUGGCGUGCUGGGAUUGGUGCCGUUGGGAUCAUUGAAACUGCUUACUUGACUUACCUCAAGCUCUCCGGUUCCGAUGCCUUUUGCCCUCUUGGUGGUGGUAGUUGUGGUGAUGUCCUCAACAGUGAUUACGCCUUCGUUUUUGGCGUUCCUCUUCCGUUACUUGGACUGAUUGCUUAUGGAUUUGUUACGACACUCAGCUUGCAGUUGAGCGCGAAGAACUUACCUUUUGGGAUCAACGAAACGACGGGUCGCUUGCUAUUGCUUGGGAGCAGUACCUCCAUGGCUACUGCUAGUGCAUACUUUUUGUACAUACUGAGUACAAAAUUUGCUGGAACUUCUUGCUCCUACUGUCUAGCGUCGGCUUUAUUAUCGUUUAGUUUAUUUUUCAUUAGCCUAAAGGAUGUUGGGUUACAAGAGGUACAGAAAGUGGUGGGUUUACAAGUAUGCAUUGCAAGCUUGGUAUUUGCCACGUUAAGUACAUCAUAUAGCAAGUUACCAUCUGCUCCUUCAAGCCAAGCUAAUAUUGAUCUUCCAUAUUUUACAACUGAGAUAACAAAGGAAUCAAGUCCUUUCGCGCUUUCUCUUGCAAGGCAUCUACAUUCUAUAGGAGCUAAGAUGUAUGGGGCUUUUUGGUGUUCUCACUGUCUAGAACAAAAAGAGAUGUUUGGACGUGAGGCAGCAAAGUUGUUGGACUACAUUGAAUGCUUUCCCGAUGGAUAUAAGACGGGAACAAAAAUGAUCAAGGCAUGCGCAGAUGCAAAUUUAGAAGGAUUCCCAACUUGGGUUAUUAAUGGUCAGGUUUUGAGUGGAGAGAUGGAAUUGGAAAAACUUGCCGAGGUAUCCGGGUUCCAAUUCAAUGAAUAAGUAGACUAUAAUCUACACUGGCAUUUGUACAGUUUACAGAAGAUUUGCUUGCCCUGGCUUAGAUUUCAAAAGAUGGAAAGUCUGUUUCUCUCGGUCACGUAGGAUUUGAUCUAUAUAACAAAUGUAGGAAGCACAAAGGUAUGAAAAUGGUAGAUAUUUCAAUCCCCUCUUAUAUAAUCCAUGUAUGAAACCUUUGGUGUACUUUGAGCGGAGCUGUCACCUUAAUUAUGAUUAUUAAAAUGUUACUUAUUUGCUUGCCAUGAACGGCUAAAAUGCCAAA